GUUCCCUGUUUGGUGAUUAGUGAUCAUAAACAACAGCCCAAGUCAGUUAAUACAAUACCCCACACUUUUUCCUUUGUUCCAACCUUCUUUUUCUCUCUCUCUCACCCUCCAAUCUCCUUCAAAUUCAUUCUCAUUCCUCCAACUUUUUCCCAUUACAAAGACACAAGUUUGAUGGGCAAUUACAGGUUUAGGCUAUCUGAUAUGAUGCCCAAUGCCUGGUUUUACAAGCUUAAAGACAUGGGCAAAGGCAGAAACCAUGGCAAUACUACCAUUACCAAUAAUCCUUCCAAGAAAAAACAAUACCCCAUAUCUCCCUCUUCAUCAAAACUGAAGCAACCCCACCAUUUUUAUCCUAGAAAAUCUUACUACUUCACUAGAGACCUUAUCCCCAGUGAUGGCUUCUAUGUUUCUCAUGCAAACACCAAGUCUGCAGGUUCUGACCCACCCAGAAAAUCUUCUCAGAAACGAUCCAGGAAAAGAAAUACGGUUGUUUCCUCUGGCUGUCGCUGCCGUGCCACACUCUGGACUAAGCCUGAUUCUCCACCGCAAUAUUCAGCUUCUUCCUCUUCUGACGACAGCUCUUCGCCGCAUGAAUUCAGGUCUGACUGCAUUCUCACUACUCAAUCGUUCGAUAACAUGGUCUCCAGUAGCUGUAAACUCAUGAAUUCGGAAGCUAAGGAUGAUGAUUGCAAGUGUUUGGUUAAGAAAUCCGACAAGCUAGAUGAGUUGGACAACUUGUCUCAACUUCAACUCCCUCGGAUCAUAACCAAGCCGGUUAAUAUGAAGAAGAGCAACGAAGCAACCAAGUAUGGAAUGAGUUCAGUUAAAUUCGAAGGUGAUGAGAACAAGAAAAGCAGUGGUGGUAGGAAAUUUGGAGUGAAUUCCCCAGGCGUAAGGCUGAGAAUAAAUUCACCGAAAAUCGGAAACCGGAGAAUUCAGGGACAUGGUCGGAAAAGCAUGUCGUCAAGUUCAAGCGGCAGCUCAAGGAGGAGUUUGUUGGAUAGUCUGGCGGUGGUGAAAUCGUCGUUUGAUCCUCAGAGAGACUUCAGGGAGUCGAUGGUGGAAAUGAUCAUAGAAAACAACAUCAGGGCAUCCAAGGAUUUGGAAGAUUUGCUUGCCUGUUAUCUCUCUCUCAAUUCUGAUCAAUAUCAUCAUCUCAUCAUCAAGGUUUUCAAGCAAAUCUGGUUUGAUAUGAACGAUGUCCGCUUGAAAUAAUUUCCUCCUUAACAUAAUAUGUAUAUUUUCUCCUUCAAUCCUCUUCACUUUCUUGUCAUUUACUACUACUUUUUUACCAAUCAAAUUAUACGUAAAAUUACAGUUGAAUAAAAGUAAGAAAUUCAAUA